ACUACAUUUUAGGCUGAGGGGGUAGCCUGGCAAAAUAGAGGACAUUUGACAUUGACACGCUCGACACUAAGAGACCAGAGAUAUUCCAAGAGAAGCGAAUACAGCCGAGGAGUUUAAACACCAUCUUAAGGUGACAAAUUAGAACUGAUGGUGAGCAUACAUCUCACGUGACUUCACGAAAACGGUCUCACAUACCAAGAUGGCGAGGGUUUGGUUUGUCGUUACUGUCACCAUAGGGAUCAUAUCGUUGUGUCAGGGCCAAAACCUGAAGGAUCCAUACUGUACAGUCUCAAAAGGCACACCAACAACGAACACAGGUCCAUCAUUACCAACUUUAUUGGAUACAUUUCAAACUCAGAUCGAGGCAAAUUUCGUUGGAAAGUAUGACAACUACUCAAUAGAUAUUGAAGAGUACUUUGACGACGAGGGAAACCAAGGAGCCCUCAGAAUGGUCGAAGAUGGUACACAACUGUACGCGAUCUACAGCUAUGAGACAAAUGAAUUCUUCUCUGGAACGUCAGAUUCGGAUUGUACUACAACAAAUUUGUCUGCAACUGCGAACAAUAUUUUGUUGGGAUACUCAGUGGUAAAUGGAACUUCUCAUAUUUUUACCACAAGUGGAGCUCUCAGGUUCGGUAAACAAUUUGGUGAGAAAUACAUGGGAACUGAUCAAGUACGGGGUAUCAAUGUCGACCGUUGGCAGAGCUGUGUCUAUUGGAAGAGCUAUAACGCUUAUUUUACCGUUGACUACUAUUUUACAACCAAGAACUGGACAUCAGGAAUAGCGUAUUUACAAACCCCUGUUCGCGCCUGGGUCCAAGGCGUCGGUAGAGGAGACGACGGUUCUUUGAAAAUGUUUAACCAUUAUUAUGACUUUUUCUCGUUCCGGCCAUCUAUAUUGGAUAUGUCAGUCUUUGAGACCCCUAAAGGCGUGGUUUGCCCGGGACGUAUUCAAACCAAGAGCGUGCCCAAACUUGCUGGACAGUACUACUAUCGCCAACAGAUCAUUAUCCCAUCGCUCAACAUCGUUCAACAUGCUGAUGUAUGGUUCGACUCGUCCUACAACUUGGUACGUUACGAUUAUCGUCUAUUAGAGCCCGUGGCGCCGUACUACGAUACAAAUCCAUUCUCAGAAAUCCAUGACUACAAUUCAGGGGUGGCCUAUGUAAUCGAUCGGGUAUUGGGCAACUGUACUGUACGGCCGGUCGAAAACAGCUCUUUCGACGUUUCACUUAAUUACACACAGACAAUAGCAAAUGGCCAGUAUUUUGAUCAAAUGAAGACGUCGUUGGGAUUGUUUUACCUGGAUGAUACUUAUUCAUAUGAAGGCCAGAGAGUUAUCAGUGGAAUGGCGUGUGACGUGUUCAUAUCCAAAAGAACAGAUUACACACUGGGUGGAAUUGUUGGGCAAAUAAACUCAACAUUUGAAUAUUACUUUUUAUCGUCAGACUGGACGGAGAUAGCUAAUCCGGGAGUGUCUGAAGAUACAACUGUUCCUGUCCGUCUGGAAAUUACCAUCGAUGACAUUGGGUACACAGCUACCUACAACUUUUUUGAUUUCGAUGAAGAACAUCCCAGUAUGGACAAUUUUGACAUUACGCCAUGCUAUGACGACGACAAGAUGAUUGAUUUCCAACUAAUGUUUAGGGCUAAAUACUAUCCCGUUGUUGACAAGUAUAAAAAGUUCUUCGAGCUGUCAUCAAGAUUGAAGAUUUCUGAGCUAACCAAGAUAUCUCCCAUACGAGUCCAGCGAUCUCUCAUCAAAUACGAACCUAAUAGAGUUUACUAUCUCGCGUCUCUAUUAGACAGCCCGCCACCGUCAGCGCAGUUUCACAAAUAUCCCAAGGUUGUGUUAGAGAACAGGAACGACGAGCAGAUUCCCAACGAGGGCAAUCCGGAUAACUGCGCGUACUACUGUUUAGCGGAGAAAAGCUUCAACUGUAUGAGUUUUGAUGUCUGCCCGUCAAAGAACUUAUGCUACCUCAGCAAAAGCACGGCGGAUGAUGGCCAGCUUGUGGACAAUGACAAGUGUAGCCAUUACUCACGAAACAUACAAACGAAUACAUUUAUGGAACAGGCGUCGGAUGAAGCAUUUGCCGCUUUAAAGGAUGUUGUUUAUCGAAACCUCUUUUUUUUUGAUGUUCCUCUGGGUAACGGACAGAAGAAGACAUUUAGAGCAGUUUCAGUCAGAGAAAACAUCAUUCGAGGUGACACUGGCACCGCUCCAACUCUUUCUGGAGCGGAUUUCAUGAAGCAGUUUACAGCCAUAAGAAACAAAAGAAUAACUUACAACAACGACAACAAACUUACUCAGCUUGCCGUAGAUGACUGUGCCACUGCAUGUGUUGACGAAGAUUUGUUUUUCUGUGAAUCCUUUGAGUACAACGUAGCGAAUGGAGAUUGCUUCUUGUCCAAGAUCAAUCCAUCGGAACAUCCAGACUAUCUCGUAGAUGCGCAGAACGUGGAUCUGUACGGAAGGAGUUAUUUAUAUAAGUUCAGCAAAAGCCCAGGUGAGGUCAUGCUCUCACAGUCCAAUCUCAUUUACCAGAACAUCUUCGAAGCCAAUCAGUGUGCCAAGCUUUGUGUGGGGCUUCAGGAGUUCUCCUGUAAAUCCUUUGAAUUUUGCGAAGAUAUAAAGGGAUGUGUUUUAGGACAAACGCACAAACUUGAUAUCCCCGAGACACUGAUUAAAUCGGAACCAAAUUGUGAUCAUUAUUCAAGAAACUACAUGGAUGAUUUUAAGUUACUUAAGGGUAGAGUAAUCGCGCUGACAAACAACCAAAUCGUUGAAGGCGUGUCGCUGGUCAGGUGUGCGAAGAUCUGCGCAGAGCAGGGAAACGAUUGCCUAGGUUUUGAUUAUUGUGGCAAUGACACUAUGUGUCGUAUUACAUCUGACAGCGUCAAAAACACCGGUACCGUAACGGUCGAAACAAGUGCCUACUGUAACCAUUAUUCUAGACAGUACUAUGAUGACGGAUCGAAGGUGACCGCCUAUUCGGUUAAAAACGCCCAAAAUCCGAAUCUGAAGUAUUCACCUGGAUCAAUGGCGGGAUUAGCUAUAGCAAUGCUAAUCAUUGGAAUUCUUUUGGCCGUCGGAGUUUCAUUUGGGAUGUCAAAAUACAAGGGCACCACGAGUUGGAAUCCUGCCACGAAGCUUGAAAAUUUGGGAUAACCAAGGACAUUUUCUCUCUCUCCCAUGACGUGGCCUACGUGAAGAUGUUGUUUUUUGUUUUGAAAUGUUUUCGCGUACAGAGAGGGGCUUUCAUAUUGAAUGAGAAAAUCUUAAUAUGUGAACGACACUUUUAGGCAACAGUGGUCUCAAUUCAGUCUGCUUCUUCCAAUAUUACGUGAUGUGACAUAAUACGUCCUGAUCCAACAAAAACGAUGUGGUAUUUUGUCUUUGUGAUUAUCCGGAAAUGACACAGGGCUACGUAUCCUGGUUGCUCUUCUGUGUAUGACGAAAUGUUGACAUUAAAUAUAGUUAUCACUCAAUAAUUGAAUCUGGCUAAACGUCCGAGUAACUGCUUGUAAUGUCCAGUAUCUCUCUUAUCAUCUACUUUCUUCUAAGCUGUACAGCAUGGCAGCAGGGCUUUAUCUCUUUUCCUACUUAGUGAUUUUCGUGCCCUGUAUUUCAUCCAAGUUUGAGAAAACCUAUAUGAAUAUGGGAAGAUGUGCAAAAUCGUAGUUAAGCAAUGUAAUGUAUCUUAUGAUGUGUAUGUGUUUUUUGGCGAAGUAAGAAACAUUUGUUGAAUUUGAAUCUAGUCUACUUAGGUGUAAAUUUGCGCUAUAGGAUAGAACUGAUUUUAAGCCCAGUUAGGAGAACAGAUAUUAAAACUGCUUUUGAAAGAAAAACGUGAAGAAAGUUGGAAAAUGAUGUUCAGUCUUUCCUUGUUAUUUCAUUUUGUUGAAAUAUAGUUUCCAUUUCUCACCUCGAAGGUUUCC